AUGACGUCCAACAAUGGUAGUAGCAGCGACCUCGGUGGGUUUGGGAAUGGGUUCACGUCGUACAUUGAUCUCACGGGCUCCGAACCUAUAACGAGGGUGGUACGUCACGAACAAGGAACGACGUCUGACGAACCCAAGAUGCCCACGGCAGUGAUACAAAUGUGUCUACUGGGCCCCAUACACACGAUACACCAGACCAAUGAUCUCAAACCACCACCUCGAACCGAACCUCAAAAACUUGGCACUACCACGACCGCUACUGGUAAUACGGGUGGGUCAGCAAUACCUGUACAGGUUACUGAGGAUGACCACCGGGUGAACCUUAGUAUGGAAUUGAUACGCGAACACAUGUUUACCUGUGGCGUGUGCACCUGCGUUUCACAUACGGUGACCACUACAGUGUGUUGCACAUUUAUCAUGUGUGUUACAUGUUGCAACAAACUACCGAGUGACGCGUGUCCCAACUGCCGCGAACCCAGAGUGGUGCUUGCUCGGAACCCUAUAUCCAAGCAUUUACUACAGGCGUUUGAGUUUUCGUGCCUCAAAUGCAGUGAACGUCUGAAUCCUAUUACAAGUGAAAGGCACGCCUGUUUUUUACCCCAGGUCACAACGGCAACCAAGAAACCGGUGCGAUUUGGGACCGGGGGGUUGCGGGAUUUCAUGAAUGUGAGUCACUUGGAACUGCCCGACAAGUAUAGGACGCUACUGGAUAGGUAUCUCCAACCCACAUCAAACCAGUACCCCUUAAACAUGAGACUUGGUAAAUACUACGCCUUGUACAUUCACGAGUUUCGUAGGCUGCGAGGUGAACCCGAGUCACCACUAGUAGCUUUUGUGCGCCAGAAACAUAGAGCAACAGGAAUUGCAAAAGGGCGUGUUAUGCAGUGGAUUAGAGCUGAUAGGUUGUUUGCAACGCGGAAUACACUGCUCUAUAUGGGUUAG